AUGGUUCGCGUGGUUGCACUCGCCGCGUGCGUCGUCGCCUUGGCUCGAGCGAAUGCAGCACCUGUGUUUGAUCCGCUCGUCGACGCCGCCACGGCGGCAGUGGCAAGUACGCCCCCCAUUUCGCUGGAAAAUGUUCCCAUCCCCGUACCAUCGGAGAUCGAAGACCAUUUUCAACCAGGUGACUACGUGCACUCGUUCGAAUCCCCGUCGCCAUCGAGCGUCUUCCUGUCGUCUCAAGCUGGCCUCCCCGACCCCACCAAAGAGCACUGGUUCAACCGUCAAAAGGUCGACCACACGGACCCCAGCAAUAACAGCACGUGGAACCAGCGCUUCCACUUCAACAUGAACCAUUACGGCGGGCCUGGGUUUCCAGUCUUCCUCGUGAUCGAGGGCGAGUGGGUCUCGUCGCACGCGUCGGUCACGUCCAACGGAUACUUUUUCAACCAACUAGCCAAGAAACACAAGGCGCUCAUUGUGAGCUUGGAGCAUCGGUUCUACGGCAAGUCGCAGCCGUUUGCCGACUUUGCCACGCCCAACAUGAAGUUUUUAACGUCGCAUCAAGCACUGGCGGACAUUGCCAACUUUCAGGACUUCUUCACGGGGGCCCUCGACAUCAAAAAUGCCAAGUGGGUCGCCAUGGGGGGCAGCUACGCCGGCAACUUGGCCGCGUGGGUCAAGCUCAAGUACCCCACGCGGUUUGCCGGUACAUGGGCGAGUUCGGCGCCCGUGAAUGCAAAAGUGGACUUUUACGAGUUCAGCACGCACGUUUCCAAGGCGCUGCAGUACUAUGGCGGGUACGCGUGUGUGGCGAACAUCCAGACUGCGUUUGAGCGCCUCCAGAGCGUCAUGGUGAGCAAGGAACCUACGGACGUAGCCCGCCUCAAGGAGCUGUUCAACCCGUGCUACAACUUUACAUCCGACCAAGACCGUGGCGUAUUUCAGCGGGAAAUCUACUCGAAAUUCCAAAGGGCGGCCACCUCGGACGACUUGACGUCGACGACAUUGGCCGGCAUUUGCCAUUCGUUUGCUGACCCGACGCUGCAACCCCUGGAAAAGCUCUCGCGGUUCAUCAACCACACGGUCGCGGCCAACAAGUGCACGUACAACAGCUUUGGGGGCAUGUUCUUCCAGUACAACUCGCGGUCGCGGUUCGUGCGCAACCCCGUGGCCCGGCCGUGGUUUUACCAAAACUGCAAUGAAUUCGGGUAUGGCCAGGCCACCAACAGCGGGUACGGCGCGUUCGUCCCCCUCCAAUUCAACAACAUCCACGUCCAGACCAAAAUCCUGUGCGCUAUCGUGUUCAACAUCUCCAACGUCGACACCCGCGUGGCCAAUACCAACCUCGCCUAUGGCGGACUCAACAUCAACGUCGAAAACGUCGUCUUCUCCACGGGCACCAACGACCCGUGGGACUCGCUGGCCUUGACCAACGAUACUGGCACGCUCAACCCGCGGUCCACGGUCGUGGACAUCCUGGAAUCGUCGCACUGCCGCGACAUGUACUCGCCCAAACCCACCGACAGCGGCCACCUAAAGUGGGGCCACCAGCGUAUUGAAGCCGCCAUCGACAGCUUCCUUCUCGACUAG